GGCACAUUGAUAGUGUAUUGUUUACUCUAGUCAAGCGAGAGGCAUGGAUGUGUGUGUGAUUGUUUUUCUGUAAGUUGCAUUGUUUGUAAAUUCGACCUACAAAUAUGGAUGAACUGAACAGAACACUGCUGGACCUGUCAGAAGAUGAUAUGCGAAGGUUGGAGCACUUACGGAUGCAUCAGCAGCAUAAAGGCCAUGAAGCCAUGCAUGCUGAAAUGAUCCUUAUACUGGCUGUAACACUAGUUGUAGCCCAAGUAGCAUUGGUUGAGUGGAAGAAACGUCAUUUUCGUUCCUAUCAGUUUAUUACCUUGCUGGCAUUGUGGAUAAUUCCACAGGUCAUGUCACUACAAAAUCGAUGGUGGCGCUUCAUUUUCUUGUGGCUACUUUUUUCCUGUAUAACAGGAUUUAUUGUUCGAAAAGCUAUGCAAAAACCAAUACUGGGAACAACCCCAAGGUUGGUGUACAAAUGGUUUUACUUUCUAUACAAACUUAGCUAUGCUCUCGGAAUAAUAGGAUAUGCCAUUAUGAUGGCAACUUUCUUUGGCCUGAAUAUGGUUUUUGAAGUUAAACCUCAUGUGUGGAUGGAUGUAGGAUUAAUUUUUGUCUUUUAUGGCCUCUAUUAUGGAGUCUUGGGAAGAGAUAUUGCUGAAAUAUGUGCUGACAAAAUGGCAUCACAUAUUGGGUAUUACCGGGCAGAUGGCAUCCCUACGAGGCAUCUAGAAAGAGGUGUUUGUGCUGUGUGUGGCAAUCACAUACAAGCAAAGGAAAAUGAGGAAGGAUUAAUUGAAAACACUUACAAACUAUCCUGUGAUCAUUUAUUCCAUGAAUUUUGCAUCCGUGGAUGGUGCAUUGUGGGUAAGAAACAGACUUGUCCAUAUUGUAAGGAGAAGGUAGACUUAAAGAGGAUGUUCUGUAACCCAUGGGAAAGACCCCAUGUUCUCUAUGGACAGCUACUCGACUGGCUGAGAUGGCUGGUUGCAUGGCAACCACUAAUUUUGUUCCUUGUGCAGGGGAUCAAUUGGACGUUGGGACUUGAGUGAUUGCAUAUUUUGCAUGUUGUUUUAUUUGUUUCAUUACAAAUUGUCCAUUGUAAUAAUUUGUUUUGUGUAUGAUGUGAUAGUGCUGUUUCUUGGAAGUUCUGUCCAAUUUCCAUGAUCUUCCAAGGUUGCGUUUCCCCAUUUAUUACUUUGUGCCUAAGGACAUGUACGAAUGUGUACAAUGGGAAAUUUUGAGCAGUGUGCUAUAAACAUCUAUUUUUUACAUACCAGUACCAGUGAAAUCUACAAAUAGUACUUCAUGAGUGAGAGGGGACAGAGAGAGAGAGAAUGUCUGUAAUUGUUUUAGUUUUAAUUUGCCCAUUUUAUGUUCAUCUUUUUUGUACACAUUGUCUUUCAGUGGUUCAGAUUCCAUGUGUAUAUGCAACAUAUGAGAUCCUGAAAGUUUUAUGUUGUUUACCAUUAAUUAUUGACUUCUGAUUGCAUUGUAAACUAUUAAAUAUAGAUGCUUUAUAAGAACCUGUAAUAAAGAAGUGUAUGACAGUCUGAAUAAUUUGGAUGAAUUCAGCAUUUUCAUAAGUGGAAUGCACUUUCGUCAUAUGGGAAGAUGAAAAAAAAAAAAUUGAAAUUAUAUAAUAAAGUUUUUCCUCUUUAGUGGGCAGCUACCAGUAUAGGAGAGAAUUGGGAAAGGGAACAGUCAAAUGAAUGUGAAAACAUUUUUAAAUGAAAUGUGCUUUGAAUCAGUUAUUACGAUACUUCGUUUACACUGACUUAAUAAAUAUUGUUGAUGUUAAUCUAUACUUAUCAUUAUAUACAGACUGCUGAAAUAAAAAGACUUCUAGUCAGAUUUUCAAAGAUCACUUUUUUAUAUAUCUUCUGCACCCAUACAUUAAAUUAAUUGUAACACUGCUCAGAUACCAAAAAUUUGGUAACUAUUUUCCUUGUAGUUACAUGAAUAAUAACUCACAAAAAUAAACUUAAAAUUUGUGCAGAAGGAAGAAUAUGAAACUACCAUCGAAUACAUGAUACAAAAAAAGCAUCAUAUCUCUGGUCAUCAGAAAACUGGCUGCUGUAAUAAAAAGAAAUAAUUCUGAUAAAUUUUCACAAAUCUUAGCGUAAAACUUUUGUUCUGCUACGUACUGCCUCUCCCCUUAUUUAUUGUUUGUCUACCCCUCUUCCAAACUGUUGUUUGUCCCAUUGUCCCAUCCCAUCCCCCCAUAUCUUCUCUCUCUCUCUCUCUCUCUCUCUCUCUCUCUCUCUCUCUAUCUCUUUCUCUCUCCCCCCCCCCUCCCCCUCCCUAUUUCCGUACUUUGUAAAUUACUGUGAAUAAAGGUAGUGGACAUUUUUCUCCAGGAAUAUUACUACUGAUUGCUGGUGCAGAGUGAUUAUAAGUGAAUUUCAGUUUUAUAAAGUUUUAAGAUGUUUGACUUCAACUGUCCAAACUAUUCAGGUUCUGUCAUAUGCACUGUGUUCUCAGAUUGUUACUGAGUACCUGCCUUAUAUAGUAUUUGAAUGUAUCAACGCCUAUUAAAGCUUUUAUAUUUAUA